AUGGACAAAGCAGAGCCGCAAUCGCUUUUAGCCGACCACGGGCAAGCUCCCCGUGCCGUGAAGCGCGCAGCUUCCGAAGAGCCUAACGGCACCUCUGAUGGCAAAAGGAUCAAGACCACAUCGGAUGUCCAACCUCAGGCCACCGCCAGCUCGUGGAGGGUCCCUUACCCAGAAAGGCCAGCGGUUGUGGAAGAACGGAAUGGCGAGAUCGAAUUCCGAGUGGUCAACAACGAUGGUGAGAGACAGAGCAUCAUCAUCCUUACAGGCCUCAAAUGCCUGUUCCAGAAGCAACUGCCGAAAAUGCCUAAAGAUUACAUUGCACGGCUUGUCUACGAUCGGAAUCACCUAUCGAUGGCCAUCAUCAAGAAGCCUCUGGAGGUCAUUGGCGGAAUCACCUACCGAGAGUUCCGACACCACAAGUUCGCUGAAAUCGUUUUCUGCGCCGUCUCCUCGGAUCAGCAGGUCAAAGGAUACGGUGCCCACCUGAUGGCCCAUUUGAAGGAUUACGUCAAAGCGACCGGGCCGGUGAUGCACUUUCUUACCUAUGCCGACAACUAUGCGACUGGGUAUUUCCAGAAACAGGGCUUCACCAAAGAAAUCACCCUCGACAAGUCCCUCUGGAUGGGGUAUAUCAAGGACUAUGAAGGAGGCACGCUGAUGCAGUGCUCUAUGCUUCCUCGAGUCCGCUACCUGGAGGCCGGCCGGAUGCUUCUUAAGCAGAAGGAAACCGUGCUCGCCAAGAUUCGGGCCCAAAGCAAAAGCCACAUCGUCCAUCCACCGCCCCAACAAUGGGCCAACGGCAACGUCACUCCAAUCGAUCCGCUGUCCAUCCCUGCCAUUCAGGCAACCGGCUGGUCUCCGGAUAUGGAUGCGCUAGCGCGGGUGCCGCGCCACGGACCUCAUUUCAACGAACUCCGGCGCUUCCUGUACCAGAUCCAGAACCACAAGCAGGCAUGGCCGUUCCUCAAUCCGGUCAACAAGGACGAGGUCCCGGAUUACUACACCGUCAUUACCUCGCCCAUGGAUCUGUCGACCAUGGAGGAGAAACUGGAGCGCGAUCUCUAUGCGACCCCGAGAGACAUGAUCGCCGAUCUCAAGUUGAUCUUCAGCAAUUGCCGGCAGUACAAUGACCCGUCAACGGUAUACGCCAAGUGUGCUGCCAAGCUGGAGAAGUACAUGUGGACCCUCAUCAAGGAGAUCCCGGAGUGGUACGACUUGCUCGAGGAAUGA